GCUGCUGCAUUUUGACGCAACAGCCUCUGAUUUACCUUUGCGCCUUUAGUGCCGCUUCUCGCAUCGGCUUUUUACAACCACAGAGUCUCAACAAAGCGAGGGUCUUCCUCAUUCUAAGACAAGCAUGAAGACAAACCUGAUCAGAAACACACACACACACACAUGCGCAAACACACACACACUGUCUCUCCCUCCUCCCUCACCAGCUAACGACGUAUCACGUCCACCAAUCUGUGCCGCGGGAGGACAAACCCCGAACCCCCGAACCCCUGUCUACCCGCCCCGCCUGCUUAUAAAUACCGCCUGAAUCACGCCGGCAGAUCUUGGUCGACAGAAACGCUCAGGGUUGCAGCAGAACAUCCCUCUUUCGUCUUAUCCCCCUUCAUCGUCUCUCUGUUUUUUAAGAAAACCUCACACCAUCAUCAUCAUCAUCAUCAACAUCACCCAUUCUCACGGUUUGCCCCUCUGAACUGUAGUUGUUUUUUUUUACGGCCAGUUGCAUGCAUUUGUCGUCUCCCAAAAUGGUUUGCGAGACUAAAAUCGUUGCGGACGAACACGAUGCUAUACCCGGGACCAAAAAAGAGUCGAUGAUGUGGAGCUCCGCCGCGUCCGGCGCGGCUCUCAGUCCCGCGGCUGAGGCCAGGGAUGUGCUGAGGAAAGAUGCGGUUUUUAUCCGAGAGUUCGAGUGCGGGGAUCAGGAGGAGGUGCGCCGCAUCUUUUACGAGGGUAUUAUGGAGAGGAUACCCAACACGGCGUUCAGGGGACUGAAGCAGCAGCCCAAGACCCAGUUUUUGUACGCGUUUCUCACAGUAAUGUGCUUUUUCGUCACCAAAUCCGUCACGCUGACGUGCUGUGCGCCCCUCAUUCUCAUGGGUGCACGCUACUUCUACAGCAGGAAAGUUAUCCAGAGUUAUCUGGACUGUGCUCUGCACACGGACAUGGCUGACAUAGAGGCGUAUUACAUGAAACCCACAGGUUCCUGUUUCUGGGUGGCAGUGCUUGACGGACGCGUUGUGGGCAUUGUGGCAGCGCAGGGCCGCGAGGAUGACAACACGGUUGAGCUGCGGCGCAUGUCGGUGGAUUCUCACUACCGCGGCAAAGGCAUCGCAAAAGCCCUGGGCCGCCGCGUUCUGGAGUUUGCGGUGCGCAACAACUAUGCGGCUGUUGUCCUUGGUACGACGGCUGUCAAGAUGGCUGCCCACAAGCUGUACGAGUCACUAGGCUUCCGGCGAAUGGGCCAGAGUGACGACUACACGCUUCCCGGGAUGAGCCGCACGCCUCUGGAGAGGCUCUUCUUCCAGAUCCGCUACAGCCGCUACCGCUUGCAGCUCCGUGAGGAGUGAGAGGUGACAGAGAGAGGGAGAGAAAGAGAUGGAGAGAGGGAGAUGGAGAGAGAGAGGGACAGAGAGAGAGAGAGAGAGAGAGAGAGCAAUGACCCUCCUUCACCCGAGAGCCCUGACCACAUCCUCUCUUCUGACAGCUUUUAUUUAUUUUGUGUCGUUAGAGACAACUUCAAGUACAAAUUAAUACUUCUGCUAUUUCAUCUUUAAAGUCACUAACGUUUUUAUUACUAUUAUGCUUUUGUUGCUGUUGUUUUUGUAUUAUACUUUUACAUUUUAAAUAAGAGGUGGUUUCUUUCCUUCUAACUUAUCAAUCAAUUUUUUUUUGUACUUGAACACCUCCCUUUUUGUUCUGGGAUUUAAAAAAAAUGGCAUUCACAGAAGACUAAAUGGCAUCCCAACUAGGCACCCUCCUUGGCCCCUUUGGUUUUAAACCCAUGUGACUAAGAUCAAUACUCCCUUUCAUGACUAUUCCACAGUUCCACUCUAUGCUUACACACACAUGUUUGCUCUAGAUUCACACUCAGUUCUGGUCUCAUUAGAGCUGUGGAGAGGGUCUCUGAUAGGUUGGAGUGACAGGAGGGUGGUGCUUUCUCGCCACAGCAUCCCCCUGACAGAUUCCAAGAUACGAUAUAGCUGCACAUCGGAGUUUAUGUAUGUGUGUGUCACUAUUGGGAGUGUGUGACUGUGUAUGUGUGUAUUUGACGAGGACAUGGUUAGACAUUACUCCAUGCCUCAACAGUUGACGAUGAAUUAAGCUGUUUUUAUUUGGCGUGAACAGAUGCGCACGUUUCUUUCUAUCAAGUCACGUAUUAUCUAACUAACAUUACUACUUUCUACAAGUGCUUAUAAAUUGUUUACGGAUUGAAUCAAGAUGAAUCCUAACAUUUUGAAUAUGUUUACUAUUUGACUGAUAAUUAGUAAUUUUAUAACUUUUAACACAUAUUACCACAUUGUAAUAUGCAAAUUUUCACAUAGUAGCUGAAGUCUACACACCACAUACUUGAUCCAGGUUAUAACUUGGAUAUGAAAGGACAACAGGCAAUACUUGCAAUCCCACAGUUUCAGCAUCCCAAAACUGAGCACAAAUAGCAAAACGUUAUUGAAACAAAUAUACUGGCAUUAGCAUUCCACCUCCUCCAUUCACUCAUGUAGAGUUGAAAAACUGAUGUAGCGAACUGAGCAUCACAUUUUCUCCCAUAGCACCUCUCUCCAUCUCCAUCCUUCAAACAUACAGUAGAACCAGCAGUAGAUUCAACCAUCCAUGACUCUGAGCCUAAGUUGUGUCAUGAAAUUGUUUGUAAAAAGAAAAAUAUAAAGUAAAAUACAAAAAAACACAAAAGAAGAAAAAAGAGAAAAAAAAAACAAAAAAAACCAGAAUACAAAUGUAAUCCUCAUGAAGUCCGCACUGACCCUCCUCACCUUUCCACCCUUUCCCUCCAAACUCCCCCAACCCCCCAUUCAUGGCUCUGUCUGCAACCCUGGGCCAGACCCCACACCUUCAAUUUGAACCCCACACACCCUCUGCCAACCUUUGACCUUUCCUGCCCCUGGGCCUGACCCAUUCCUCCAUCACCUCUGCAUGCGCCUCAGAGCCUUGCUGCACUGCUUUUACUCCAUUUGAAGCUUGUUGGACGAACCCUAAACCCCGCCCCUUACUACUCUGAUGUCAUCUGGGCAGUACGAUGCUGCCUCUGCAAAUUCAGAUUAGUGCCCUGAUGCAUGUGUGGUUAUAUGCGUGUAGGAGUGUGUGUGUGUGUGUGUGAGACGAGGUCGUGUGUGUUUACAGUUGAUGCAGUCUUUAAGGAACACUCACCAACUGCAGCACUGCCUGGAUGACAUCGUGCCUGUCAGCCAACCAACUGUAGAAUGCAAAAAGCAAUGCAAGUGUGGCAUGCCUCUGUACCCAGUGUGUGUACGGUGCCUGCCCUGGAAAAGUACAGAAAAAAAUAUUAACUGAUAUACAUAUAUAUAUAUAUAUAUAUAUAUACCAUAUAUAUAAAUACAGUACAUAUAAAAAGAAAAUAAGCUUCUUUUUUUUUAAACUGAAACUUUUAAAGAAAUGUGUUUCUUUUUUUUGAAAAAAAAUUGUACCAUUUGCAUGAAAUGUGUCUUUGAAUGCAAAUAUCACUUUUAGGGGAGAAACCCCUAGCACAUGGCAUACAGUGGAACCAUAGAAUUUUUAUAAUGUUUUUUUUUUAUUAUCUUAAAGAGCAAGAAUCAUUUGGAGCCAGCUGACUUAUUUGUGAAAUUAUAUCCCAUUUUAAAACGUUUGCUAAAUUGGAAAACAGGCCUUUUCUGAUAUAUCAAUCACUGGCUUGAGGACAAUUGCUGGAAAUCGUCACAGUAUUUCUAAUGUUUAAGCAGCUUGCAGAAAGAGAAUAACCUCCAUGGAUAUUUAGUGAAUGAAGCAAAAGAACAUAAAAUAAAUUAAUAUGUAAAAUAAAAUAAUGUAGUUCAGUAUGAAAACAAGGUGAAGGUGAUUUCUUGUCAUAGGCAGAUAAAGGAAACACAGCCGUGGAAGGUCAAAUGAUGAGACUUCGCUCCAAGUGUCACAGGGAAUUUGACAUUUAAUUUGCCUCAUUAUUUUUUAAAUAGCAACGUACAUGAAGAAAACAGUAGCUACCUGUUGCUCAUUUAUGUCAGCUGCCAUGAUACUAAGGCUUAUUUCCAUCCCUUUACUUUUUCAAGCCACUGGAAUCAGACACAUCGACAAGAGCUUUUGCAAAUGAUAACACUUUAAAGUUAAGAUUUCCCUCUGAACUUCUACAAACAAACAAAAGGCACAAAUGCACUGAAAGCAUGUAAAAACACAUUUGUUGAUGUUUUCAUUGGGAUGGCCCACACUACCUUGAUGCCGCUGCUUUGAACAUGGCACUGUUCCGACAUGGUAUAAAUAUCCUUCCUGACUGAUCCACGCUACGAAAGCUGAGAAUGGCCAUUGUCACAAAAAAAUCCUUCUUCACUCUGUCAUCUCGAGAUUACGGAAUAAUCGCCCUCUCGUUUUCUUGUGAUAACGGGAUAGGAAAAGAUAAAAGCUUGUUGGCUCUGACACCUGCAGCUUAUCAGAGCAUCAGGUUGUACUUUAGCAAGGGUUUAAACACAGGCAGAAAUCAGAAGUGUUGGGUCUUAUCAUGAGACAACCAAAUACAUUAUCUUCUUAUCCCAAGAUAAUGCAUUCAUUUAUCUCAUUAUCACAAGAUAACUGUUAUCCAGAAAUUAUGAGAAAUGAUUUCUUAAUCUCAAGAUAACUGAACGAAAUAAUAUAGUAGUGACCAUGGCUGCUCUCGGCAUUCGUACCAAUCAGCUUGUUAAAGAUAAAACUGAAAGUUCCCAACCUGUCCUGUAUGUGGCCUCAGAUCACUUCUGAAUGUGAUUGGAGGACACGUGUGAUGGAUAAACUGAUAUCCUCUAACCUCAAGUUUUCGUUUAUACAGUAAUCAGUUCUCAUACUUUGAUUUCCACCACAAUAUUAACACUGAUCGCACAAUGAUUUCACACAAACAUGUUGAUAUGUGACAAAUCUGUACAGUCAGACUCAUAUAAAAAUGAUUUUGUUCUUGUGAACAGAUAUGAGUGUACGUUUUAAUGCCAGGUGAGCACAGUCAUACGUGUAUGUGUGCUAGUCACACGUGAUCUGAUCUCUGAGGAGUGAUGUUAAUACUAGAUGCAAGUGGGGCCAGAGAGACCAGAAUGUAUAAUGGUGCAACAGCUACUACUAAACUAAGCAAGACAGUAGAAAACAGGACGCAACCGCUAAACUACAGUGGCAUGUCUGCAAACAUAUUAAUCAGACUGAACAUAUAUAUUUCAACAUUUAUUUCCACAACAAAAAAACAGUCAAAUGUGAUGGCACAAGCCUCAGAUUUCAUCUGUCAAGCGACUUAAUGUCCAUUAAAGGUCCAUGUUCUUUGUAAGACCUGGUUGAGGUCUGGAGUUAGAGAGAAACGAGUAGGAUGGGCUGAGCUUAGGCGGACUGUAAAAUGAACUGUAGCCUGGAUCUAAUGGAAGAAUGUGAAGCCUGUUAACGCUGAGCCAUUUCUGCUGCUGCCAAUGUCAGUGUUUGCCUGGUGAAAUUGAAAAUGCUCCCUUGUAUAUAUUUUGGGAGAAACUAUAAUUAUCCUUAUACUCUGAACAAAGGUGGUAUUCAAAACGCCUUUGCCUUGGCCUUAUGCACUGGACUCUAUUAAGUUUCAAUAUCUUAUGGUCUGCAUGGCUUCAGGUGGUUACAAAGGGCAAUUUUGAAUUGUAAAGCAGAAGUGCACUGACUAUACAUUUAUGUCUGUUUUCAUGUGAAAGCUAUGCCAUACACUGUUAAAGCUGCAGUGUGUAACUUUGAAAUAUUAACAAAUUCCAGUCAAAUCAUUGACCGAUGAGUUCACACAAUGCCGAUUAAGCCUAUCAGCUCCACACGACUCUGUCUCUGUGUUUCUCAGUAUAGCAUUGUUUUGUUUUCUUGUCCGUGGAGACACAGACAAGAAAAGUGAUGUGUUUGGCAUCAUGAAUGAUGGAGGGAAGGCGGAAGCGCAACAGCUUCGCUGGUUAAGUGAGACUGCAGUGAACUUUGGGUUAAAGAAUACCUGGUUCUCUGAACCAUGAGUGAGGUGAAACCAAUGUUGUAAGACAAUUUUAGGUUAAGGGGUUAACCCCUGUUCUCUGAAGCAUGAGUGAGGUAGCGAGAUACUGAAACAAAUGCUGAAAGAGAACCGUUGGGAGGUGGACCUAGAGUCGUCCUUUCAGAAAUCUCUGCAGAGUAAUGACACCAGCAGUGUUUUGGGGACAGAAGUUACACACUGGAGCUUUAAGUCUCGCCUCCCAUUUGAAAGUGGUAUUGCAUACUUGAUGUUAGAAUGUAGUAAUCAAUUAAACUGUAUGCAACUUCAACCAGAGUGUAAAAUGAGUUUCAAACCAUUCCUCUGAAAUGUUCUGCUGAUGUACAAUCCAAAAACAAUCUUACACCUUUCAUAUUUGGUUUUCUGUGAUUUCCUUUUUCUUCAGUAAAAGUGUGCUUUGCUAUUGGUUGAGAUUUGACAACUGCCACAUAAAGGCCUCCUUUAUUUCAAAGUGCUUAACCCAAAAAUGAUCAGCAGGUGGUCUCACUCUGAUGGCAGAUGCAGAGGCACAAGCUGAGGCUGAUAGGCGUUUUACACAGCAGCGAUUUAGACAUGUUUGUUACAGGUUAUAUUAACGAUGGCUCCGUCCAGUUCUUUAAAGUCGGGACAGUGUGACAGUGAACCAGCACACACCUUGAAACUGAGGGAGUUACUAUGAUUUUCCUACUGUGACCUGUCAAAGUGGCUGCUGUGCAAAGGGCCCACUGACUUCAUCCUUUGGACACAUUCAGUUGGGGUAAAAUUGAAUCUAAAAAAAAUUGUUAUGGUCUAUAUUAUAUUCACUUUGUGUAUUGGCAAAGGAGCAUGGAACUCAUAACUGCACAAAUGUAGAGAACUCAUGGAUGCGUUGUGUUACUUUGAUGGUGUGUGUCCAUGCUCAAUAGCCUGGGGGGAAACUCUCACAGGUAUGAAUGUAAACUGACUGCAUUUAUUAUUAUUAUUAUAAUAAUUUUAUUAUUUUUUUUUUAAUCUUUUCUGGUUGCUUCUUUUAACUUUAUGGGUAAGAAGAAAAGAGGAAAAAGGGUGAAAAACAAAAUCAGUUCUGAUUAAACCACUACAUUAGAAGUUAGACAUUUCUGUGUAAUUGUAAAUAGCUCUAUCUCUGCUAUGUCUGAUGUAUUAUUUGCUGCAACCUGUCAUCCUUGGUGGUUUUAACCAUUCCUGAUGGAGUUCAUUUUUUUUUUUGUCUCAGAAGAUGGCUGUUGUCGCCUGGAAUGUUUCACCUAACGAGGAGGGCGAGGGAGGAAUGUACCACAUUGGCAGUUUUAAAGGGGAGAGGGGUGUGGUGGGGCGGCGUGGGAGGAGGUAUUCAGAAUCAGGACUCCACAGCAUGGACUCCCUCUCUCUCUCUACCUCUGGUGAGGAUUUUGCUCCACUGCAGCAAAGUACAAAAGGACUCAACUCUGGACUGAGGCCACAGGUGCCAACAACUCAUAAGCACUUGUAGCACAACUGUGUCUUGUUUUGCUAAAACCGUACAGAUGGUUUUUUUGUUUUAAAUAUUUCCUAUAUGAAUAUUCUCCUGUAAUACUGACUGUAUGUAUCUUUCACAUACAUCAUAUUAAAAACAUGUGAUGUAUGUAAUUCAUACUUUGAACUGAGGUGGAGAUUUCAAAGGUGACAGUAACUGCUGCAUUUUUAUUACUUGUGUAGCUAUAUUUUGUUCAACACAACCCUAUUUGGUAUUAUUUGGAACGAUCCUGCCCAUGUGCCAUCUAAUUAAGCAAUAAAUACAAAAAAUAGAAAUAAAACACUCAAAAUAAUGACCCACUAUGUACGAGGAUGUUAUUUAAAUACACUAAAUGCUGCAUUAAUGUUAUAUCCCUGAUAAUGUAUCAGUUGGUGGCAGUGAUGCCAUGGCAGUAUUGCAACAUUGUCAUUCAUGACAGGGUGUUUGAUUGUUGGUUGUUUCUGUUUUCUGUGUUUUCUUUACAAAGAUGUGUUUUUAAAAAACUCAGAGUACACCGGUGUACCUCUGCAUAUUUGUACAGAUGUCAAUAGGAAAUGACAGGAGGGGGAUAAUGGAUGCUGAAGAAUGAGCAGAUCAAGCAGACAGGAAGAAAGAUGGCAUGACUGCACUCUGUUUGCUGCUGUGUCUCUUAACAGAGCUUUCAUUUAACCACAAAGACUUCCAAUUAACUCGUACCACUGAGACGUGUUCUGCAGCCUUACUGUUGUUACGAUUGAAACGAAUCAAUCAGAUCAUAAUCACAACACACGAACCACGUUGACUUUUCUUACAAGUGAGAUUCAAAGUCCUUUUUUCUUUUUGAAUCUUCAAGUUAGUAACUGUAAAGUUGUAAAGUAUAUUUUAUUGUAAAUAGCAUCUGGGGGUCAUUUUUACUCCUUUUGUAACAAAAACUGUGGAUUUAAAAUAUAUAAAAUAUAUUUUAAGGAUAUUUACAGCACUAAUAAAGAGAUUCUACAGUAGUGCAGGUGUCUUAAUCUGUACUACCUCACAACAAUUCCGUACAGAGUAACAGCAGCAGCUUUCAGAGGCUACAGUUAAUGCCAUCUUAUCCCUGUUUCUGUUCAGAGGCAGCCUUCCCUGUCCUGUCCUGCCUGUCUGCUUGAACUCUCAAGUCGUCAGAGAGAGAGAGAGAGAGAUUGAGAGAGAGGAAAAAAAAAACUGCAGCUGCACCAGCUCUGGUCAUGAAUAUCAGUGGCUCUGGUCUGAGUUAUCUAGCUGUAGCAAACUGCUGCUGCAGUGCAACAAGACUCUCCCUCUCUCCCUCUCUCUCUCUCCCUGCCCUGUGGCCCUGUCAUGGCUGUUGUCUGUUGCCUGGAAACCACAAAGCACAGCAGCAGGGGAUUGAUAUGCAGCCACACUGUGGGGAGGCAGGCAGGUCAACCAGCCCGCCACGAUAUGGAGGAAGGAAAGAUAGAUAGAUGGAUGGUCAGACAAAGGGGGAAGGGAGUUAAACUGCAAUGGAGGGAAAUUUGUAACUCCAGGGUUGGGGACCUGCGCAGGAAGGAGGGGUGUCUUUAACUAGGGUGAGGAAUUUGAGUGAAGAGGCCAUUGGUCGUGUAAAGUAGAGCAAUGAGUCAACAACACCUGAGGCCCACUGGGUCAAAGAGGUUAUGGGAAGAAAGGUGAAAAAGCAGAGAGAAGGAGCACUGAAGAGAGAGGGCUUAAGAAGAAGGAACAAGUCAGAAAGUGAGAGAGGGAACGUAGGUGCUGGUUCAACCGCUCAGCUCUGAUCACAGUGAGAUUGCACAUUCAAACCUGGUUUUCUUUAGGGACUAUGAGCCGUCCCCUCCCUUUCUGUCAUUCCUUUGGAAGAUUGCUGUAUUACCACACUGGGAUUACUAUUAUUAUUGUGAUUAUUAACUCUUUCUUUUGUACUGACAACAACUGGAACACUGUAUAGAUGUAAAGGUGGGGUUUCUUGCAUAAUGACGAUGAUUGAAACAUGGAUGUACAUAAACUGUAUCAAAUUAAAAUUGACGAUGCAUUAAGCUUUUA